GAAAAUCAGCAGCUCCAUUUUGUGUGGAGUGAAAACUAAAAGAUUAAAAAGUAAAAAAAGGAAUGAUGGAGGGAAAGAGAUCAGACUCACCAGAACCCAGCUGUGUGUCCAUGAAGAGUGACCAGUCAAUGGGAUAUCCAGAUAACUCCAGAGGCAGAGACAGUUCAACUGAUGUGUUAAUGGAGGGAAAGAGAUCAGACUCACCAGAACCCAGCUGUGUGUCCAUGAAGAGUGACCAGUCAAUGGGAAAUCCAUACAACUUCAGAGACAGUUCUACUGAUGUAAGAAUGGAGGGAAAGAGAUCAGACUCACCAGAACCCAGCUGUGUGUCCAUGAAGAGUGACCAGUCAAUGGGAAAACCAUAUAACGUCAGAGACAGAGACAGUUCUACUGAUGUAAGACCACAAAAAUCAAACAUCAGCACAAAUCAGCUGGACUCUAUAUUCAAGGAGCUGGAACACAAAGUCAUCACUCUGAUAAAGAAUGAGCUGAAGAGGUUUAGGAAGCUCCUGAGUCCAGAUUACCCAGCAUGCACUGAGAGGGAGGUGGAGGAUGAGGAGGAUCUGCACAGUGUCAGAGAGGGAGCGAUGAAGAUCACACUGCAUGUCCUGAAGAACAUGAGCCACACAGAUCUCGCUAACACACUGCACAACAAACUCGCCUCUGUGUAUCAGCCAAAGUUGAAGUCCAAGCUGAGAGAGAAGUUUAAAAGAAUUAAUGAAGGAAUCUCACAGCAUGGAAGCUCAGCACUUCUGAAUGAGAUCUACACUGAGCUCUAUAUCACAGAGGGUUGGAGUGGAGACGUCAAUAAUGAACAUGAGGUGAGACAGAUUGAGGCAGCGUCCAGGAGACCAGCAACACAGGAGAAACCCGUCAAAUGUAUUGAGAUCUUUAAAGACAAGUCCAUCAGAACUGUGCUGACUAAAGGAGUUGCUGGAAUUGGAAAAACAGUCUCUGUGCAGAAGUUCAUUCUGGACUGGGCUGAAGGAAAAGUAAAUCAGGAUGUCACCUUCAUGUUUCCACUUCCAUUUAGAGAGUUGAAUCUGAUGAAGCAGCAGAAUCUCAGUCUGAUGAAACUUCUUCAUCACUUUUUCCCAGAAAUAAGAAAACUAGAAUCAAUAGACUGUGACUCCUACAAAAAGUUGUUGAUCUUUGAUGGUCUGGAUGAGUGUCGACUUUCUCUAAAUUUCCAGAAGAAUGAGAUAUUGUGUGAUGUGAAAGAGUCAGCCUCAGUGGAUGUGCUGCUGACGAAUCUCAUCAAGGGGAAUCUGCUUCCCUCUGCUCUCCUCUGGAUAACCACAAGACCAGGAGCAGCCAAUCAGAUCCCUCCUGAGUGUGUAGACCAGGUAACAGAGGUACGAGGCUUCAGUGAUCCUCAGAAAGAGGAGUACUUCAGGAAGAGGAUCUGUGAUCAGAGCCUGGCCAAUAAAAUCAUCACUCACCUGAAGUCUUCAAGAAGCCUCUACAUCAUGUGCCACAUCCCAGUCUUCUGCUGGAUCUCAGCCACUGUUCUAGAGAGAAUGUUGGGUGAAGCAGAGAGUGGGGAAAUCCCCAAGACUCUGACUCAAAUGUUCACACACUUCCUGAUCUUUCAGAUCAAACACAAGGACCAAAAGUACCAUCAGAAAUGUGACCCUGAUCCUCAGCAGACCAGAGAGAGUAUCAUGGCACUGGGAAAACUGGCUUUCCACCAGCUGGAGAAAGGAAACCUGAUCUUCUAUGAAGAAGACCUGAGAGAGUGUGGCAUUGAUGUCAUAGAAGUGUCAGUGUACUCAGGAGUGUGUACCCAGAUCUUCAGAGAGGAGUUUGGGCUUCACCUCGGGAAGGUGUUUAGCUUCGUACAUCUGAGUGUUCAGGAGUUUCUGGCUGCUUUAUAUGUAUUUUUCUGCUUUAUUUUAAGCAAUACAAAUGUGCUUGUGGGGCAAAGCACUGGACUUUUCAGAAAUACAAACAUGUCUGAUCUCCUCAGGAGUUCAGUGGACAAGGCCUUACAGAGUAAGAAUGGACACCUGGACCUGUUCCUCCGCUUCCUUCUGGGUCUCUCACUGGAGACCAAUCAAACUCUUUUACGAGACUUAAUGCCACAGACAGGAAGCAGAUCUCACAGCACACAGGAAACAGUGGAGUACAUCAAGAAGAAGAUCAGGAAGAAUCCAUCUCCAGAGAAAUGCAUCAAUCUGUUCCACUGUCUGAAUGAACUGAAUGAUCAUUCUCUGGUGCAGGAAGUACAAACUUACUUGAACAGAGGAGGUGACAGUCAUCUCAGUGGAACCAGUCUCUCUCCUGCUCAGUGGUCAGCUCUGGGGUUUGUGUUAUUGAACUCAGAACAGGAGCUGGAUGUGUUUGAUUUGAGGAAAUAUGAUCCAUCAGAUGAAUGUCUUCUGAGGCUGCUACUAGUGGUCAAAGCCUCCAGAAAAGCUGUUCUGCGUGAGUGUAAUCUGACAGGAAAAAGCUGUAGAGUCCUGUCCUCAGUUCUCAGCUCAAACUCCUCCAGUCUGAGAGAACUGAACCUGAGUAAGAAUAAACUGUUGCAGGAUUCAGGAGUGAAGCUGCUCUCUGAUGGACUGAAGAAUCCACACUGUUCACUGGAGAUACUGAGGAUGUGUUACUGCAGUAUUACAGAUGAAGGCUGUGCUGCUCUGGCUUCAGCUCUGAAGUCAAACUCCUCAUCAAAUCUAAAAGAACUGGAUCUAAAAUAUAAUAAACCAGGAGAAUCAGGAGUGAAGCUGCUCUCUGAUCUACUGAAGGAUCCACACUGUAAACUGGAGACACUACACAUUGAGAAGAAUAAACUCAGCAGGUAUAGGACAGGAAUCUGUCCUCCGACCUUUUUUCCAGGAUAAAUCAGUUAUGGUGGUGAAGCGUUAGAACACGUCCCACAUUUCCAGCAGUUUUGGAGCUGAAUCAUUCAUAUUCAGAUGUAGAAGAUCCAUAACAAUAACUGUGACUGAU